AUGAUGAGGCUCCAUAUUGUUCCAUCAAAUGUUGAUUGCCCAAACCAAGUGUUCGCUCUGGUCAGUAAUUCCCUUUGUGCUUCAUAUUCUUCAAUCAAAGAGAGAAAAGGAACCAAGUAUGGCAGUCCCUUUGAAUCGAGAAAGUUGUUCAAGUCACUGAUUUUGUUGGAUAAAUGUUAUUCAAGAGUCAAUAAAUUAAGGACAGUUAGCAGGGCAAGCAUGGAUGAAGGAUUUUCACAGUAUCAUGCUGAAGGGGGAUCAGCACAAAGCUGGGGUUUAUCAGGUGAUGAAGAUUAUGCUCAUGGUUAUUCAAUUAACACUGGUGGUUGUGCUGCAAGUGAAACAAAACCCUCUUCCAGGAAAGAUGGAGUCCCCAUGUUUUCUAGAAAUUCCUUGUGGCAAUCCCAGGUUGACUUAUUGGAGCCUAAAAUGCUUGGGAUUACGCCAGAGCCGCCCGAUUGGCCGGAGAGGAAGUCAGUUAUGUGGGCAAAUUUGGAACAAAAAGCCAAGAGAUUUGAUCUUCCUUUCUCACUUAAGAUGAUUCAGAAAAGGCACCAAAGAGAAGGAAGUCUAAAAGGGAUGGGAGAUUUGGCUUGUUCCUCAGUGACAAAGGCUUUUUCAUCCAUGGUAUCCAUCAUAGUUGAGCUUCAGAGCUGUGCAUUGCAUAUGAGGGAAGCACUUUGCGAUGAAGAUUUAAAGCUCAUCAUCUCUAGAGUGCAGAGCGACAUGCAUUUGUCUUUCGCCUGGUUGUUUCAGCAAGUCUUUUCUCGAACACCAGCGUUGAUGGUCCAUGUGAUGAUUCUAUUGGCAAACUUUAGUGUGUAUUCAACGUCACAUAACUUCGCAGCUGCACAGGCUUCUCUGUAUGAAGCUGCAGAAGGGAUAGAAUCACUUCAACAUUCUCAUCUUGAUAACUUGUUAAUGGAGAAAUUAACUUCCACAGAAGAAGCCAGUGAAGCAGAUAGUGAAAUUGACGACUUACGUCAUUUAGGAAUGUCUUCAGGUGGAGACCCUAAAGAGGUUUUGCAGGUUGGCAAUCCAAUGUUCAGAAAUGCGGCUGAGGUUUCUUUGUGGAAUUCUUUUCUGGAUGAAGCGAAAAGAAUGCAAGCUGAAUCAGAUGAGCUGGUUCUGGAUCACGAUGUGCUGCGAAGAUUUGUUUCUCCGAUUUCUGUGGAGCUAGAACCUGAUAAAAAAUACAUGGAGUUUCUUAGGACUGAUCUUAUGUACCAGAUGGGAUUGUCUCAGGAACCCGAUAAUCCGCUUCUGCUCAGCAAUUAUGCACAAUUUCUGCAUUUGGUUGCCCAUGACUACAACAGGGCAGAAGAGUGUUACAAGCGGGCGAUUCAGGUGGAGCCACGAGAUGCCGAACCCCUCAUCCGGUAUGCUGACUUCUUGUGGACAGUUAGAAAGGAUUUGUGGAGAGCAGAAGAUACUUACCUGCAAGCCCUAUCGAUUGAGCCAGAGAGCUCUUAUUAUGCAUUUAAGUACGCCAGUUUUUUGUGGAAUUCGGGUGCUGAGGAAACGUGUUUUCCUCUAGACACUCCUGACAUCAACAUCAGUAAUUCAAAUCUGUAA